UGUACAGUGAUGUAAUGAGGACAAAUCCAAAGAGUUGGUGUAGGGCAUUCCACAAGGUUGGUAAUUACUGCGAAGAUGUCGACAAUAACUCGACAGAGUCUUUUAACAGCUCCAUCAACAAGGCAAGAGAGAAGCCUUUUGUUGCCAUGUUAGAGACAAUAAGACGACUGGCCAUGGUGCGAAUUGCAAAGAGGUCUGCCAUAUCUAAUUCUCACACAGGGAUCUGUACUCCAUAUGUUGUUAAGUUUCUUGCGGCUGAGCACAAAGCAGCAUCUACGGCUAAGGUAUCAACAAGCACAAAUGGGACCUUCGAAGUCAAAGUCAGUGGAGACACUCACCGUGUUUGUCUAAAGAAGAUGACUUGUACGUGUCAGAAGUGGCAAAUAUGUGGCAUCCCAUAUGUCGACAAUAACUCGACAGAGUCUUUUAACAGCUCCAUCAACAAGGCAAGAGAGAAGCCUUUUGUUGCCAUGUUAGAGACAAUAAGACGACUGGACAUGGUGCGAAUUGCAAAGAGGGAUCUGUACUCCAUAUGUUGUUAA